ACAUGGGCUCCCCAUGAGUCAGAAUGGACCCCACGGCAACACGUUUGGUUUUUGGUAUUCCCACCACCGGGCUUGGAGAACAGAAGGCCUCAGGAGGCCACAUUGCACAGUAACAGCGCCCUGGUUUCCCACAGUGCACUAUGCUGCCUCAUUUAGGACUCCCUGAAUUUUUACUGCGUGUUGCUUCGGGGUGCAGGGGCCCUGGGCCACCCAUGUCUGCGCGCCUGGCUGCUCCAGCACAGAAACCACCGCCAAGAAGCCUCCAAGCCGGGCCCGUGGGCGCUCAGGUGACCGGGCGGGCGCCGAGCAUAGCUGGUGCUGUCCCCUGACCCCGCCCCGGGACGGGCCGCACCCGGAACGCUCUUGCGGAGGCAGCGGCGGCGGCGCAGGGCCAUGGCGGCGACGGCGGCGUGCACCCUGCCGGGGCCCCCGCCUGAAGUCCCGACCCCGCCGGCGGCCGCACCCGCGCCCGUGUCCGGCCUGGGCCGCUGCCGGAUGGCGCUGCUGCUGGCCGUGGCGCUGGACGUGGCGGGCAUGGCGGCGCUGCUGACCGGCGUGUUCGCGCAGUUGCAAGUGCGCGGCCGCGACUUCGGCGACCUGCUCAUCUACUCCGGCGCGCUGCUCGUCUUCCUGAGCCUGCUUGGCUGGAUCCUCUGGUACACCGGCAACAUCGAGAUCUCACGCCAGGAACUGGAGCGCGACUACGGCCUGCGGCCCUCGGCUCUAGCCCGCCUCGCGCGCAAGAUCUCCCGCCGAUGGUCGGCACCGGCCUCCUCCUCCGGCGCG